AUGGCCGCCCAGACCGACUCGCCCAGCUACAGCGUACGACCCGCCACGGUCAACGACGUCGCCGCCAUCCUCGACUUUAUCAAGCAGCUCGCCCUCUACGAAAAGGAGCCCGAUGCCGUAGAGGCGACCGAGGAGACGCUGCGCCGCAACGUGUUUGAGAAAAAGUACGCCGAGGUCCUCAUCGCCGAAGAAGAGGUCGCCGGCACCGAGAAGCCCGUCGGCAUGGCUCUGUACUUUUUCUCGUUUUCGACCUGGACGUCGAAGCCGUCGCUCUACCUCGAGGACCUCUUCGUCAACCCGCCGCUGCGCAACAAGGGCAUCGGCAAGAUGCUCUUCCGCGCACUCGGCGAGGUGGCAAAGGAAAAGGAAUGCGGGCGGAUGGACUGGAGCGUUCUCACCUGGAACGAGCCGUCGAUUGCAUUCUACACAAAGGUCCUGGGCGCCAAGUCCAUGGACGGCUGGCAGGGCAUGCGCCUCGAGAAGGAGGGCAUCGACAACCUGGCCAGGCUCAAGUAG